UUGUAUUUGCUUCAAAAAUGGCGCUGAGAAAGAAAGUGUGUGAGGAACUGAUAAGGGAAAGAUCCCAAGCCAGUUUCAGUGUUAAAGAAAUGACUCAACUUCUAGAUGGCUCAGAACAAAAAACGCAGAGAAGAAAAGAGUUAGAGGAUAUGUUCUUUAAUGAUCUGGAAUUGAAAGAUGAAGUUCCUUGGGAUUAUUGUUCUCAUUCUGAGGUCUAUGAGAAUGCAAUCCGGAAAUCUCUGUACAUUUUUAACAAAUCUAUGGAAUUAUCUGAUCCUCGAGAGGCUCUUACUAUUGCUGAAGCCAUUAUGCAUGAAGCUUCCCCUGUCAGUGUGCAUUUUGUUAUGUUUAUACCUGCUUUGAUGGGACAUGCAACAGAAGACCAGCAAACCAUGUGGCUUGGACCUGCCCUCGAAAUGAAAAUCCUAGGAACUUAUGCUCAGACUGAACUUGGCCAUGGCACAUUUAUCAGAGGGUUGGAGACUACAGCAACGUAUGACCCUCAGACUGAAGAAUUUAUAAUAAACACCCCAACUCUUAGUUCAGUAAAAUGGUGGCCAGGAGGAUUGGGAAAAACAGCCAAUCAUGCUAUUGUUGUGGCACAGCUAUAUACCAAAGGAAAAUGCUAUGGGAUCCAUCCGUUUAUGGUACAGCUCCGUAGCAUGGAGGACCAUCAACCCAUUAAAGGGAUCACUGUUGGAGAGAUUGGACCAAAAAUGGGCAUGCGAGCAUCAGAUAAUGGGUUUUUGAAACUUGAUAAUGUCCGUAUACCAAGAACUAACAUGCUGAUGAAAAAUGCCCAGGUAACGAAAGAUGGUGUUUACGUCAAGCCUAAAAGUGAUAAGCUAAACUAUGGAACAAUGGUGUUUGUGAGGGUUAUAUUGAUAGACAUGGUUGCCAUCAACUUGGCUCGAGCAUGUACCAUAGCUAUCCGAUACAGUGCAGUAAGAAGACAAUCUGAGCUUAUUCCAGGGGAGAAGGAGGCACAGAUCCUCAGUUAUCAGGCACAGCAGUAUAAGCUAUUUCCUCUUAUAGCCCUCUCCCAUGCUUUGAAAGCCAACUUCAUGGCUUUGAUGGAUAUUUACAAAAAUGCUACUCAGGACUUGGAACGUGGGGAUCUUGGAAUGCUACCUGAAUUGCAUAGCUUAACAUCAGGACUAAAAGCAUUGAGCACAGAAAUUGGGAGUCAGGCAAUUGAGUCUUGCCGCUUAGCUUGUGGAGGACAUGGGUAUUUGUUGAUUAGUGGCCUGCCUCGGCUGUAUGCUAGUACAGUGGCAGCAUGUACAUAUGAAGGAGAAAAUACUGUUCUGUAUCUGCAAGUGGCUCGGUAUCUUCUGAAGUGCUUGAAGGGUCAGCAACAACUUGCUCCAGAAUCAAUGGUUCGAUACCUUCUUGAUGAAAGUUUUCGAAGCCCAUUUAACAAGUCUUCAGACGUGACAGACGUUGAUUGGCUAAUUUCGCUGUAUAGAGCUGUAGCAUACAGACAAGUUCAUCAGGCUGCUGAACGGAUUAAGGAACUGAUGGAAAAAAAUAGACCAGAGGUGGCAUGGAACAUGAGUCAAGUGGAUCUGAUCAAAGGUGCUAAGGCUCAUAUAAUGUACUGUGUGCUAUCAAUAUAUGUACAGUGGAUCAAAGAAAAGCAAUGUUCUGCAGCAUUAAAAACAGUAUUGAUGAGAUUAUGUCAUGUGUAUCUUCUUUGGAACAUUUUGGAAAACCCAGUACCAUUUGGUUUAGUUGGAAUGACUGAUGAUGAUCAGAAACAAAUGAGGAAUGUCAUAUACAGUCGUCUUGCCGAGCUCCGUCCUGAUGCUGUGGCUCUAGUAGAUGCUUUUGAUUUCCAUGACUUAGUACUGAACAGUGCCCUUGGCUGCUAUGAUGGACAAGUAUAUGAAAGAAUGUAUGAAUGGGCUCAGAAUGCUCCACUGAACAAAAGUCAGGUCCAUGAAUCAUACUACAAACAUCUACAACCAUUCAUCAAGUCAAAGAUGUAGAGAUCAUUCAGUUGCUGAAUAGCAUCUCAAACAAACCAAUGGUGUUUUAGUAUCGAACAGUCCAAGUACUUUCCUGAACAAAGGUUGUUUCUGUACAACUACGCCAAUAUAGUUUAAAUAAUUGGGUUAUAUUAAUUUGGUAUUGUGUUUAGAUAUAUCAGACAUGCAAAUAAGGAAUUAAUUUUAUUCUGUUUUGAAAUAAAAUAGUUGAUUAACAAAUUUGUAUAACCAAAGGCUAUAAAAAUUCAACUACAUUAUAAUUAAACAUGUUUUUACACAAAGUUGCUAAGAAAAUUCCUGUGGAGUGUUUCUAUUAACCAUUAUUGUGAUAUUAUAAUUUGUGAUACAAAUUGUAACAAUUUAGCAUUGGGAUAUAGGUAAUACUAUACAUGGAUAUUUUAAUAUAUUGUUUACUAUUUUAACACCUAAUCUCAUUUAUGUAUGUUAUUAAUAUAUUAACUUGUAUUGUGAAUUAAAAUGAAAAGUGCAUUGCUGGGACCCGAAAUAAUGUGGUUGAUAGAGUAAUUCAAAAUUAAAGGCUGUUUGAAGUGACUGAUUAUGAAUGAUAGUUUGUUUAUUAAAGUGAAACUUCAGAGUCUGUAAAUGACUAUUUUUCAUGUUUUGGUUAAUUUGAUAAGGAGAGAGAACAGCCAAAUGUAUUUUGGUUGAUUUAUUUUUCCAUGACAACUGACUUGCAUGGUAAGUAGGGCAUACACUGAGAUUGUUUUUUAAUAUAUAUUUUUAUGACUUAAAAUUACUGCUUAAUGUUGAUGAAGUUUGCAGUACAGUUUAACAAAAAUAUUUUACAGAUUUUUGUGAACAAGUAACUCAGAAACUAAGGUAGAAUUAAAUAGUAAUUCUUUCUACCAAUAAAAAUAUUAGUCUAUUUGUACUAAUUCUUUGGCAAAUAAAAUUAGCUUUUGGUACAAAUUUCUUUCAUUUAGCUAAUUAAGCUAAUACUGGAAAAAAAACUGAUAAUCAAAGGUAACUUAUUAAUAGUUAUGAUUUAACAGUGUUAAUAGUUACAUAGUUUCAUGUUAAUAAGGUCAUAAGUGUUUGCUUAAUGUCAGCUAAACACUGUUUUUCUCUGUAGGCCAUUCACUUAAAUCAUUAAUUUAGUUUGUAGCUCAUCAAGAGCAUGAAUCUGGUUAAGUUCAUGUGUCAUGCAUUGCUGAUUGCACAUGUACAUGUUUUUAUCAUGUAAAGAUAGUUAUACUCUCAUCUCUAAAAUACACGAGAUUGGUUCAUAAAAAUUUGAUAUUAUACAUCACCUGUAACAAAUGUGAUUGUUAUGCUGCAGUUUGAUAUAUUUUGUUCGUCAAUCAUAAAUGUGGUCACUUUACAUCAAUUUUCUGUAUUUGAGAAUGUGCGAAAAAACAAAUUUUAUUGGUAUACAUCCGUUUGCAUGUGAACACCUGAAGUAAGUAUGAUUGGUUUUUACAUCAGACAGAUAUGUUUUGUUCAUCUCUAUCAAACGUCAUUUGUUUUGUAACUUUUUGGUUAAUGGAAUGCAUGCAAGUUAUAUCUAUUGUAAGUAAUCUGUGCGUGUGAGCAUAAACACACGCAUUAUUUUACCUCAGAUGAAACAAAUAUUCCAAUAACCAUCAAACAGUUCAGGACAAUUUUUCUUGUAAAUGAAUAAGUAGUAAAAAGAAAUAUGCAUAAAUCAGCUGGAACUAAAUAAAAUUUUAAUUUACUGGAAUAUUUGCACAGCACAGCAGUAACUCAGUACUGAAGUACAAUACUGAUCUUUUUUUUUCUCCCCCUUCUCUGACCAAAGGGUCUCAGGGAGAUAUUACUGAUGAGUUAGGAUGUUGUUGUCUGUCCAUCCAGCCAUCUGUCUGUAAACACUUACUUUCUGAAAAGUAAUUAGUGUUCUGCACAGCAGAUUUUAAUGAAACUUUACAGGUCAUUUCCCUUGGUAAUGGGAAAGAACCCUAGUGAUUUUGGAGUUAAAAGCUUAAAGAUCAAGGUUACAAUUUCAAGAAAUAGAAAAUUGGUUUCUAUGCAAAAUAAAACAUAAUCACAACAUUUACAAACACAGACAAAAAAAAAAAUUAGUAAUGAUUGGAGGAGAGAUUAUCCAUUCUGUUAAUGGCUACUUAUCAACAAUGACUAAGUUUCUAUGUAUAAUGCUAGAAUACUUGCUUGGAAUAGCAGUUAUUAAAUGUUAUAUAUAUAUACAGAUAAUAUCUGUGUAUUUCCAAUAGGCACUAAACAAACUGGGAUUGUGUAUGGUACUGGGUUAUUGCCUUAGAAUUUGUGACCUGAAUUUUUGAUAUUACAUGUAUAAGGCAGCUGUAAAUGUGGUUGGACGUCUUCUUAAGACAUCUUUCAUGCAUUAAUGUACCAUUAUUAUGGCAGGUAACAAAUAAAAUAUGAAGAUUAUACACAUUCAGGUACCAGAUUUAUAAUAUGCAACACAGUUGUACUGUUUGACCUUUUUAUAUAAUCAGUGUGUUAAUAAGAAAUUCUUAUUGCUCAUAAAUUAUCACUUCAACAUAAUAUUCUUCGUUUGUUACAGUAGGAUAAUUAAUCCAACUAAAUGAAUACAUUCUCUUUGUCGUUAUGCAGUAUUAUCUUCGAAAAAAGUAUUACUAUACCUUAUUAUCAUUUUUAAUUGUGUCUGUAAUAAGAGACACAAAUCUUAUUUUGAGAAUUGGUUGGUCACUUACUGUGAAUUCAGAUUUUUGUAGUUACUAGGUGAAAUGAUAUUAUUUAUUUAGUUUUGUAAAAAAAAUAUUAAAAAUAAAACAGAAUAUGUUUCUGUCUUAAAAAAUAAUUAAAUUGAUAGAGUGACUAAAGAAAGAGAUGAAGAGUACAACGUUAUCAGACAAAUUGAUAGAUAGCUAUGCAAACUCACCCAUUUCCCUUUACUGGGUUCCUGACCUAUGUUCAUCAUUGAAGUCCAUCGUUAAAUUUGCUCCUAGUAAUAUUUAAAAUCAACAAUUUCAGAAUUAUCAUAACCAAUAAAGUAUUUUGACAUUCACAAUAAUGUUCCCAGAAUAACUUAAUGAAAACCAUUUUAAUGUGAGUGAAACAUAAGAUUACUUACGUCUUGUAGAACGUAAUAAUAUAAAUAGAUAUUUAAAUCUAUUGUAUGCCUUAUUAACAGAACUUUGUGAACAGAAUUUUUUGUGCCUUUGUAGGAGAAUGAUUUUGAUGCCUUAAAAUAUUUAUAGACGUGAAAAAGUUGGGUUCUUUUUUACAUUUUUCAUUGAGUAUUUUAAAGUUUUUAAUUACUGAAGAAGUGGUAGAUUUCAGAUAAUAGUAUACAACUGUCACAACUCUUCAUUAAAAAAAUAUAUAAUUUUAAGUUAAAAAUAAAUACGUUUUAUAUUUUAUCAAAUAACUAUCGUUUUAAAUUCAUAACACCUAUAAUUUGAAAUUAAAGAAUUUUAUAUUUACGUUUGUAGUAUUUGUAGCUCAAAGUUAAUAGAAUUUAAUAUCAUUACAGUUCUACAGAUGUGAAAUAACCUUGAAUCUAUGUUUGUUCACGAAUAUGUGAUAAAACUGGAUUAACAGUAUUCCUGAAAUAAAUAAUAAUAAUAAUAUAAGCUACCAAACUUCAUUCCUACAAAGUAAGUUUUGUCAAAUCUAUUUUGUUAUUCUGAAAAUUUGUUCAUUAAAAAAAAUGAAUAUUUUUGUACUUUAUGUGAAAGUAUAACAAUAAAGUAUUUAUCGUCAA